AUGCAAGCUGGCGCUGUUUCCGCGGCUGGUGGCUCUCCCACUCAAAUGGGCGCGCCGAGGCCUGCAGCAGGGGCCCAGUUGAACGCACCGAGCCGAGCGGAGCCUGCGCGUGCCGUCAUGCAGUACCGCCUUGGCAGCAACGCCGACUUGGAGGAGAAGGUGCGCAGCGGCGAUGUGGUUAUUGGGCGCCUGCGGAUAUUUAACUGGUUUGCGGCAGGGAUCGCCUUCGUCGGGAGCCCCCUGUUCCCCAGUGACGUGGUGCUGAAGGGCAUGGAGGACAGGAAGCAGGCGCUCCACGGCGACAUUGUGGCGGUGCAGCUGUCUUCCGAAGAGAACUGGCCGGCCCUCGACAACGACGACGACGACGUGGAGGAUGACGGGCAGCUGGAUGCCGGUGGCCACAGCCGCGGCGGCGCAAAAGAGGUCAUGCCGAAAAAAAUGGAUGAUGGCCGCUCGAUCACGCGGUGGGUGCGGGACACCACGCGGCCCGGUGAAUCUUCCCCUGAGUGUCGUUGGGCGAAACGAAUGUCGGCGCCCGCCGUACAUGACUGGGGCGGCAAGAAACCCUUUGGUGUGGUGGUGGCUGUUCUCGAGCGCAGCUGCCCAUUGUUUGUGGUGGCACGUCUCUGCGACGGCGCAUUGGCGCCCAACGAGGUUGUGAGAAGUGAUCGUUACUAUCAAUUCAAAUGCUUUGAUCCGCUGUUGCCCAACAUUGCCGUCUUUGGGCGAGACAUUCCCGUGCCGCUGCACGCCACGCUAGGAGCAUCCUUUUUUUCCCUGCGCCUCUUGACCCGCGGAGACGGAGACUUCUUUUGGACCUCCUGGAGGUUCCUCACGGGCAAAAUUGUAAAAGUGCUUGGUGAGGUGGAUUCGGUACAGGCCAAUAGCUUUGCGCUGUGCAGCGCGUGUGAAAUUAACAUGUCUGAUUUUUCAGAGGAAUCGUACGCCUGCGUGCCCGAAACGUUUGCGGUGCCAGACAAGGAAACACUGCUGCGUAUGGGGCGGCGUGACCUUCGCGAGGAGUUUGUCUGCAGCAUCGACCCGGCCACCGCACGGGACUUGGAUGAUGCGCUGAGCAUCACCCGUACGCCUGGCGGGUAUCGUGUGGGGGUGCACAUUGCCGACGUCUCCUACUUCGUUCCCGCCGGGUCCGCACUGGACGAGGAGGCGCGUGAGCGCUCCACCAGCGUCUACCUGGUGGAGAAGGUGAUCCCCAUGCUGCCGCGCAGGCUGAGUGAGGACUACUGCAGCCUGAACACUGGCGGUGACAAAUUUGCCUUUUCCUGCCUAUUUCACCUUGACCACCACGGCAAGGUGACCUCCGAGUGGUUCGGUCGGAGCGUCAUUCGGAACCGCUGCCGUUUGACGUACGACGACGCACAGCGUAUUCUUGACGGCGACGCGACUGUCUUUGACACGCUUGACUUCGGUGACGCGCCGCGUUCGCAGCAACUUCAGGACCGCGUUGAGGUUUCCGUCCGAACACUGUUUGAGCUGGCGUCAAAGCUGCGGAUGGCCAGCCUGGGCCGCGGCCGCCUGACCAUUGGAAACAUGAAGGUUUGCUACCAAUUUGAGGACAUCGCGAAUCCUACCUUUCCUCAGGGCUUUGGCAUCUCGCGACAGAUCGAGGCCAAUUGGCUGGUGGAGGAGUUCAUGCUGCUGGCCAAUGCACGUGUUGCGGAGAAGAUUGUGGAGUACAUGCCAGACCAGGCGUUGCUGCGACGUCACGAGCCGCCGGAUCGCAAACUGGUCUUGGCUCUGAAGGCUGCACUAGCCCCUCUCGGCCUGGAGAUGCGGGGCGGUUCGAGCAAGUCGCUGCAGGAACUGCUUGAGAGCGCGAAGAACGCUGCGUUCUACGACGGCCUGUGUGUUGCGUUGAAGUAUGUGUUGCGGCAGGCGGAAUACUUUGUGAACGGCUGCGAGGAGAUGGAGGCGUGCAGGGGCCAUUAUGCGCUUGCGAUGCCGUGGUACACACACUUUACGUCCCCCAUUCGUCGCUACUGCGACAUUAUUGCCCACCGCCAGUUGCUGUGCGCCCUGGAGCUCGAGGCUAUCGUGAAGGGGAGCCGGGCUGGGAAGGGCGGCCGUCGCCGGGCGGUGCAACCUGGCGGCGUCGACGUCAGCCAACUCUCCACCCGCGACUACUUUUACCCCGUCAGCGAGGUGGAGGACAUUGUGGCAAGGGCCAACGCAAAGAAACUAAAGGCCCGUCAGGUGAGCGACGCCUCGCUGGGCGUAUUUUUUUGUUUCUACCUCAAGGCUCUCAGGCGCGUGAUGGGUGGGGGCGGCAGCGCGGGAGGGCCCCGCUUCACCCCACGCGUGCGGGCAGUGGUGGUGCGGGUCGUGGCAAAGCGAAACAUUUUCAGCCUCUUCGCGAUGGAGGUGGCGCAGGAGGCGCAGGUCAGUUUGAACGACAAGGAGCAGCGCUUCAAACGCGCUAAAUCCGUGGACGACGCCGCGGGGGAUGGCGGCACGAAGAAGGAGAAUAAAAGGCGGCCCGCUGAGGCGGAAGCGGCAAAGGCUCCAAACGGCCUGCGCAUUAACUGGGGACCCCAUCCCUUGACGGGUGAGGAGGUCGUGGAGGAGGUGCUACCGAUGACGGCCAUGACAGCCGUGCUGACCAUCAGCAAACAGAAGGGCUACGAGGAGCUUAAAAUGCUCGUUGACCCUCCGUGGGAAAGGGAGGGGGAUUUCCCCCCGAUUCCCAAAACACUUAUGAGUAGUUGA